AUGGCCAGCAGCAACCCCCCAGUGGACGCGACCAAGGCCCCGCUCGACAUGCCGAAGGCGGCGGCCGACGCAGACAUCGAGCUGAACACGCUGAACCGUACACCGACGGCCUCAACCGCCAGGCUGAACAACCCCGGUGGAGCUGGCGCUGGCGCUGGCGAUACCGCACCCGAGACCACCGACCCGCACGAGGCGUCGCGCGCGCUCGACGCCUCAGCGCCAGAUGGCGGGCUGCACGCGUGGGCCAUGGUCGGCUGCUGCUCGAUGCUCGGGUUCUGGUUCGUCGGUGUGACCUACAGCUGGGGCGUGUUGCAGACGACGUUGGUGGAGCGGCACCUCGCGCCGGCGUCGACGCUGGCGUUUGUCGGCUCCAUCGCCGUCUCAAUGCUCAGCUUCAUGGCCAUCCUCAACUCGCGUAUCCUCACGUCGCUGGGCGCGCGCAAGAUGGCCAUCAUCGGCACGUUCUUCAUGUCCUUCUCGCAGAUCUUUGCGAGCUUCACGACACGGAACGUCGGAGGCCUGUUCGUCACCGCCGGCGUGAUGAUGGGGCUCGGCGUGGGCUUCUGCUUCAUGGUGAUCAGCAUCACGCCCGCGCAGUACUUUACCACCAAGCGCGGGACGGCCGUGGGGAUCGUGUACGCGGCCGGUGGGCUCGGCGGCGCGGUCAUCUCGCUCGCGCUCGAGGCAGGCGUCCGCAACAUCGGCCUCGAGUGGACGUUCCGCCUUGUGGGCCUGCUCAUCCUCGUUACCUGCCUCCCGGCGGCAUGGUAUGUCAAGGAGCGUACCACGGUCGUGCGCAAGGAGUUUGUGGACUGGUCCCUUUUCCGCAACCUCGACUUCCUCGUACUCUUCGCCUCUGGCGCACUCGCCACCUUCCCGCUCUUCGUGCCCCCCUUCUUCCUUCCGCUGUACGCCCAGUCGAUGCACCUGAGCGGUACCACUGGCGCGGCCUUGGUAUGCGUGUUCAACUUCUCGUCUGCCAUCGGGCGCAUCCUCACAGGCUUCCUGUCUGACCGGCUGCUCGGACCGCUCAACACGCUCUUCGCCGUGCUCUUCGUCACCUGCCUCUCACUGCUGGUCCUAUGGCCUAGCUCAGUGUCCCUCGCCCCACUUAUCAUCUUUGUGCUCGUCAACGGCGCAAGCAGCGGCGGCUUCUUCGCCAUCAUGCCCACCGUCGUCAACAACGUCAUGGGCUCGCAGCGCAUGACUGUUGCCUUCGGCAUGAUCGUCACGGGCUGGGGCGGAGGGUACCUCAUGGGUGCGCCAAUUGCCGGAUACUUGCUCGCUGCGUAUGGCGGCGAAGCGCGAGGCAUUGCGGCGUACCGCCCAGCCGUGUUCUGGGCUGGAGGGAUGGCUGCGGGUGCCGCGCUCCUCGUCGCCUUCCUGCGCUGGCGUAAGAGUCCUCACUUGAUGAUCAACAUGUAG